CUUCCUCUUUCCUUAAAUCUGUUCUAGGUUUCUCACUGUUCGUUCCUCAACAUCACGAUGUCGCCGGCGGUUCGGAGAGUGGCUGCCGUUGCAUUGUCUUCUUUAUCAUGUUUCAUUCGUACUCCUCUCUCUCUCAGAGGUAUUCCUGACACAGUCUUACGCUGUUCCUCUGCUUUAUGUUGUCGGAGAUUGGCUUAUUCUGGCGUUAGAGACAGCGAUAUGUCGUUCAGAGAGAGAUUGAGAUGUGGGUUUGCUGAUAGUAAUGUCGAUCAAGCUGUUGUUUUGUUCCAUCAGAUGGUUCGGUCUUGCCCCCUCCCUUCUAUUAUCGAUUUCAAUAAGUUAUUGAGUGCCAUCGCCAAGAUGAAACGGUAUGAUGUUGUGAUUUCGCUUUGCAAAUCAAUGGAAUUGGUCGGGGUUUCACACGAUCUGUACACUUUGACCAUUCUGAUAAACUGUUUCUGUCGCUCACGUCAAGCGGUCUUAGGAUUUUCCGUUUUUGGAAAGAUCAUAAAGUUGGGUUACGUGUCUGAUGUUGUCAUAUUCAGUACACUAAUCAAUGGGUUCUGCAUCCUAGGUGAAAUUUCCGUAGCUUUAGACUUGAUGGCGCGAAUGGUGGAUGCAGAACUUCAACCUAACGUCGUAACAUUUAACACUGUCGUCAACGGACUUUGUCUCAAGGGUAGAAUUCACGAGGCAGUAACUUUGACUGAGCGGAUGGUAGAGAAAGGCUGUCACCCCGAUACUUUUACAUAUAACACCAUUUUGAAUGGGAUUUGCAAGCUAGGGGAUUCUGCUUUAGCUUUGGAUUUGAUCAAGAAGAUGGAGGAAAGGUGCACGAUGGUCGAUGUCGUAACAUAUAAUACGAUUAUCGAUUGUCUUUGCAAAUCUGGGAACAUAGACGAUGCAUUGGGAAUUUUCAGUAACAUGAAUGGUCGAGGAGUUGUAUCGAAUGUUAUUACGUAUAGCGCUUUGAUAAACGGCCUCUGUAGUUCAGGCAGAUGGAACAACGCCUCACAAUUAUUGAAGGGUAUGAUCAAACAGAAAAUCAUGCCCAAUAUUGUUACUUUCAACGGAUUAAUCAAUAAAUUCAUUAAAGAGAGGAUGUUUCUAGAGGCUGAAGAACUAUACGAACAAAUGCUCGAAAGAGGUUUGGUUCCGAAUUCGAUCACUUAUAAUUCACUGAUUGACGGAUUUUGCAUGCAGAAUCGCCUUGUUGAAGCAAGACAAAUGUUUGAUUCUAUGGUUACCAAGGAAUGUUUUCCAGAUGUAGUGACGUUUGGUGCUCUCAUAAAUGGAUACUGCAAAUCUGGUAGGGUUGAUGAGGGUCUCGAGCUCUUUAGUGAGAUGUUUCAAAGAGGGGUGGUUGCUAAUAACAUAAUUUACAAUUCUCUCAUUCAAGGAUCUUGCCAGGCAGGCAACCUUGAUGCCGCCCAGACGCUUUUCUUCGAGAUGCAGCGUCGCGGUCCACAUCCUGAUCUAAUAACUCACAAGAUUUUGCUUGAUGGGCUGUGUAAAAAUGGAAAAUUGGAAGAAGCAAUGGAAUUAUGCAACAAGAUGGAAAAGAAUGGGAUGAGCCUUGAUGUAGUUGUACACAAUAUUAUCAUUCAUGGCAUGUGUAAGGCGGAAAAGAUUGAUGAAGGAUUGCAGUUGUUUAAUUUGCUUUCGGAUAAAGGGGUGGAACCAGAUGUGAUAACAUAUAAUACGAUGAUUUCGGGACUAUGUUGGAGAGGUUUAUUUGGUGAAGUCGAGAAGUUAUUUAGUGAGAUGAAAGAGACUGGUUGUUUGCCGAAUUAUCGUACGUACAACGCAAUGAUCCAGGGUUAUCUAAAACACGGGUACACGUUAAUGGGUAUCAAACUUAUAAAAGAAAAGAAGAGAUGCGGGUUCUCUGCAGAUGUGUCAACGACAAAGAUUGUGGUAGAUAUGCUAUGUGACGGUAGGUUGGACAAAGAGUUUUUGGAUUCUCUUUGAUAAUGGGACCUUGCUUCCUGCGAUGGCAAUCGUCUGAGUAGGAGACACUGCGAAUAACGUAUCGGGUUCCACAUAUCAUACGAUCUCAGAAUCUGAAGGAGCGGAGAUUCAUUCUUGAUUACCCUUUCGAGUUCGUUAAAAUUUUUGAAAUUACAGUGCCAUUGUGGAAGCUGUCAAGGUAGAUGGCCUUCAGAGGCUAAGUUCAUCUCUGGAGCCAUUGUUUCGACGAAUUGUCAGCGAGGAGGUGGAACGAGCUUUAUCUCCGUCGGGGAAUGCAACAUUAACCUCAAGUUCUUGAGAACCGAAGAAGAUCUGAGGCCCGGAUGGAAGAAAGCUGUGGCUUUGCUUCGGGACGCAGAUGCCUCCUCACCUGUGAUCUGUUCACGGGUGGGAAAGCCGAGGGAGAUCAAGGCUCGACCAUUCACGUCGUUCUGAUAGAUGCAAACACGGGAAACGUGGUUCAUACAGGGGAAGAAUCACCGGCCAGGCUGGAUAUCGUCAUGCUGAAAGGAGAUUUCAAAGACGAGGAUUGGACGAGAGAGCGUUUCGAGAGCUUCCAAGUGAGAGAACGCGAAGGGAAACGCCAAAUCUUGUCCGGCGAAAUGCAACUGACGCCAAAAGGAGGUGUCAGAACUCUCGGAGAGCUAACUUGAACCAAUAACUCAAGCUGGAUCAGAAGCAGAAAGUUCAGACUCGGUGUUAAGGUUGCGUUCGGGUAUUGUGAUGGUUUUCGCAUCUGUGAAGCUAAGACCGAGCCUUUUGCCGUGAAAGAUCAUAGAGGAGAAUGGUAUUCGUAAGAGUUUUUCGCAUCGGUUUUUUCUGAAAUUUGCGUUGGUUAUGCAGUAUACAAGAAACACUGCAAUCUCAUCGAACUGCGAAUAGUUACACAUCUGUCUAUCAGUUACCUGCAUUGCCCUGCAACGUUCAGGACUACUCUUCAAUGGCGAGUUCCGUGGUUUCGGGUUCGUAUGACGUUGAAGACUGGUGCAAAACGUUCAAGGGCUUGAAGCCAUUUUCGCUUAGGAAAUCCGACUCAGGAGCUCGGAAAUGCUCGAGAGCGGCGAUAUGCAGAAGCUUCUCAAGACUUUUGGGACCGGUGCGAAUACGAUGGGGGUAUCGUGACAAAUGGAAGACUAUAUAUAUAUAUAUAU